GCGAGGACCGAGCGAGGAGGAGGCGAGAGGCCGGGGAGGAGACGAGGGUGGCAGCUCGUCAGAGAGCGAAGGGACGGGACUCGGCGCCCCGCGGGCCAUGCACCUCCUGGCCACGGCGCUGGCCGCGCUACUGGCCACCGCCCCGGCCCCAGAUGUUUGCAAGGCUUUAAAUGUGACAGUCGCUCCAGGACCAACAGUGCAAUACUUUCAGGGUGAUAAUGCUACCCUUUACUGCCACAUUUCUCAAAAGAGAAAGACAGACAAUUUGCUGGCUGUACGGUGGGUCUUCGCUGCAUCACCUACCCAGGAGUAUCUGAUGAUCAAAAUGACAAAGUUUGGGUCUGUCCAGUAUUAUGGAAAUUAUACUCAUCAUUACCAUAAGCAAAGACUUCAUCUUCUUAAAGAGAAAAAUGGAACUAUGUACAAAUUUCUUAUUCUAAGCCUCCAGCAAACAGAUCAAGGACAUUAUAUAUGCAAAGUCCAGGAAAUUGGCAAACAUAGGAAUAAGUGGACAGCAUGGUCAAAUGGCACAGCAGCUACUGAAAUAAGAGUGAUUUCAUCAAAAUCUUCUGAUGAUCCCACUUUUAAGAAAACCCAUGAAACUUGGAAGUUUUUUGAAGAUCUGUAUAUGUAUGCAGUGUUCGUGUGUUCAAUAGGAAUCAUCAGCGUCCUCCUUUUUACACUUGUCAUUCUCUGUAAGUCACUUCUGAAAAAGAGGAGAUCUACAGUGAAGCAUUACCUGGUGAAAUGCCCCCAGAACAGCUCUGGGGAGACAGUUACCAGUGUAACAAGCAUGUGCCCUUUACAGCCCAAGAAGGUGAAGAAAAAGAAAGAGAAAGAGAAAUUUGAGCAGCCACCAGCCAUCCCAGCAAAAGCUCCAAUAGCCAAUAAUCUUCCUAAGCCCAAGCUCUUGAAACCUCAAAGGAAACUGAACCCGCCAAAAAUCACAGAGGAGAAUUUAACAUACGCUGAACUUGAACUUAUGAAGCCAAUUCAGGAAGCCAAAGGCAUUCCCAGUACGACAGUGUAUGCACAGAUACUCUUUGAGGAGAACAAGCUGUAAAAGUUCACGCCUGUAUAAAUGUCCUUUGUCUGUGUUCUAUUUAAUUCUUGCUGUGCUGUUUAUUUAUAAAAAUCAUAUAAAUGUCCUUAUUUUUUUAUUUCCAUUCAAGAACUUCUAUUUUUCUAUGAGACUUUUAAACAAAAUGUAGUUGAAAGUAAUCAUAGAAAAAGCAGCUGGUCUACAAGUGACAUCUCAGAGACACUGUUUGUGGUGUUAAGCUCCCCUGUUUUACAUGGACUGAAGUUUCACCUGGGGCACUUCCAAUACUAAACUUUAUUCCGUCUUGGAUACUAAUGUGAUGAGUCUAUCUGCAAACAUCAACAUCUUAGCAAGCCUUAGAAGGACUAGUGGCAGGAUCCAUGCACAUCAGCCUGUUCCUGAAGACAAAGACCACUGAUCAGGAAUUUCUUCAAUCUAAUACUGUUUUUACCAUCGGAAAAAUAUUGACUCAGUAAAGAGAAGACUUCUUUUCUAUAGGAAAAGAAAAGUUAAAAUUACUUUUUCUGCUUUUUCCCCUUCUAGAAAUAGUUAUAAAAAGCUUUGGUUUCUGUAUUUUCAAAUUCCCUUUCUAAAUGACAUUGGCUUUAAAAACUUACAUUACUUUUAGUAAAGUUCUUAAGUGCUUGCAAUUAAACAUUUAAAAGUAAUCCAAAGGAAACAUUCACAGGUAAACCCCAAUGAUUUAAGGAUAGUUAUAGCUUGGGAACAUUUUCCAUGAUUUGAUAUUCUUGAUAAGAUAGGAAAAACUUGAGAGUGAGUUUGACAAAACCAGGACACUUAUUUUGGCUUUGAUUUAGAUUGCUGCUCCCAAACCAGCAAAAGUUUCCUCCUGUGGUCUACAUUACUGAGCUUCUGAUCUAGGGGAAAAAAAAAAAUCACACAGCUACUCCUUUAAUAUGGAGCAGACUCCAUUAAUGCCCUGCUCACUUACUUUGGAGUUACUUCUUUGGAAAGACCAAGACUCAGGAGACAGGGAAAUGAGCUUAAUACAAAAGCACAAAAGCUGUCUUUCUUUACCUCUUGAUAACUGAGAGGGGAUUCUUCUUUUUACUUUGACACAUAUCCAUGGAAAAAUGGGCUAUUCUGUGGCAUCCUGGGCAUUUUAGUCAUGAAAGACAGCUGGACAGGUGUUUUCAAUCUACAAUGCCCGAAUUCUGCCAGAGCUCAGAGUUUCAGCCCUUAGGAAGCUUUAGCUCUUGAGCAACUGCAGAGUUAAUGGAGAUGUACAAGCACAGGGAUUUUAGCUCACCAUCAGGCCAUGGAGAUCUGAUACUCCACAUGUGCCAGGUCCUCUCCAGGUCUGGGAGGGAGCCCCUUGAUGGGACACUCAUUCAGCCGUAUUUAAUGUGAAUUUUGGGGUAACACUUGCAGGCCUUGGGUUUGGAAUCCUAACCAAGGUGAUCCAAGUUGCUUCCUCCUUUACAGAUCAGGUGUUUUUUGUGACACAGCAACUUAUCACAAGGGCUCAGAGCACAGCUGAGAACCAUUGCAGGUAUACUCACACCCAUAUUCCUUUUACUGCAGGAGAGGAAGGCAGGAGUUAUCAUGCAGGGAGGGGGGCUCACGACAAAGGGAGAGAGCACAUCCGUGCCUUUUGGAGGAUCUCACCAGAAUAAGCAAGUCUGUAUAAACAGCUUUUUAACUUUUUUGAAUGGGGGUAGAGAUUAGGCAGCAUAAAUAAUAUGUUACUGUAUAGCCAGGAUGUGUAAAUCUAAAAUGCAGUCACCUGCUUUCGUGUUGGGUGAAAAUCUCUUGUAUAAAAAAAAAAAUAGUUUUAGAAAAGCCACAGAUUGGCCAUUAGGUACAGUACUAAUUCCAACUCUAGUCUGUCAUCAAAAAAGCUCUUUCCUAACUAAGCCCAACUUUUGUCAAUGGUUUGCUAGUAAUUAUUUGCUUUUUUACUGUUUGAAUUUGUGAGCUAUCAAGAAAACUUUGUUUUACCUUUCCAUUAUUGCACCCACCAAAAGAGCACAAUAUCUUUCCUUGUUCUCUGAUGAAGUGAUGGACUUCCAAUGACAGCAGCAAUCAACUCAUUGACCAAAUAGAAAUUGGUGCUAAAGAAUUAUCAGGGAUCAAUUUUGGAACAGCCAGAGUUUGACUGACUAUUCAGAGGAUAUGUCUUAUGCAGACAGCUGUAAGGAAGGCCUUAGAAAAGUAUAGAACUCAUUAGUGAUUCCCUUGCAUUUAAAAAUAAAACCCUAACACAUUGAUGAGUUGCUCACUAGUUGUGAAAACUUUCUAAAGUUUGGUAUAUAAGCAUUCCUUUUACAUACAGCUGGCCAUUGUGCCUAUUGUUCAGAAAAAUCCUCUACUGUAUGUUUAUGCCCAAUAUUUCAUUGAAUACUGUUCUUUGUGUAUUAAUAUUCUAUAUAUUAUUGUUUAUGUUUGAUAUCUAAU